AUGUCGUUUGGAAAUGGAGCCUUCGGCUUCGGCCAGAAUAACCAGCAGCAACAGCAGCAGCAGCCGGCGUCCACGUUUGGCGGAUUCGGCGGGGGCUCAAACACCACCGCAGGUUUUGGUGCCUCUGGAAGCAGUGCAUUCGGACAGGGCACGACACCCGCUGCCGGCGGUACCAGUCUCUUCGGUGGUGGUGGGCUAGGAGGCGGAGGUGGUUUUGGUGCCAACAACACUGCUACCACAGGUGGGUUUGGAAGUGGGAGUUUUGGAGGCGGCACCAAACCGGCCUUCGGAGCCCCGGUCGGAACCAAUACCGGCGGAGGCAUUUUUGGAACAAACCCAGCGACCAACACCGCCUCGGGCUUUGGCGGCGGCGGAGGAUUUAACACCGCUGCUACGACUUCGAGCACCUCGUUUGGUGGCUCAUCACUCUUCGGCGCCAACAAACCCGCCGCUACAGGAUUCGGCUCUGGCACCACAGGAUUCGGCAGUGGCACCACGGCUGUCGGCACCAGCACCAGCCUCUUUGGCGGAGGUGCCGGUAUCGCUGCAGGUGCCGGGUUUGGCGGCGCCACAAACAACCCGGGCAUUGGCGCAAAUAUCGGAGACCCUCCAGGCACCGCUGUGAUCCCCUUUACCCCUACUGUGGAGAAAGAGGCGAACAACACUUCCCAGAGUAAUUCCUUUCAGAACAUCCUAUUCAUGGAUGCUUACAAAAAGUGGUCGUCUGAGGAGCUGAGGCUAGCAGACUACAACCAAGGACGGAAGCAAGGCAGUGCCGGCGGCACCGGCGCGUUUGGCGGUUCGGGCUUUGGAACCGGCGGCUUUGGAGCCAACACCCAAACGAAUACCGGCUUUGGCGCUGGAUCGUCCUUGUUUGGCGGCCAACAACAGCAACAACCGGCGCCCAAUGCCUUUGGUCAAACAGCAGCAACGACUUCUGGCGGUUUCGGUGCAGGAUCGUCACUCUUUGGAGCCAACAAACCCGCUGCUACUGGAGGGCUCUUUAGUUCGACACCAGCACAGCCCGCCCAGUCGGGCGGAUUAUUCGGCGGUGGAGGCUUUGGUGCAACGAACACCACAACGACCAACGCCUUUGGGGCGAAUAAUAACGCUGCGGGUGGCACCAGUCUCUUUGGAGCCAACACGACAGCUCAAAAGCCCGGGUUCGGUUUUGGAAAUACCGGCGGUAGCGGCUUCGGUGCUUCAACGACGAACGCCUUCGGGGCCAACCCGACAACGACCAACACCGGAGGCGGAUUGUUUAGCAAUACAGCACAGCAAAAUACUGGCGGUGGCAGUCUUUUUGGGCAACAGCCACAACAGCAGCAGCAGCCGGCGGCCACAGGGUUUGGUGCCGCGGGUGGUCUUGGUGCUCAGGCCCAGAAUACCGGUGGUGGACUGUUCGGCAACAACCAGCCAAAACCCGGAGGUCUUUUUGCGAACACCACCGCGGCAACGGGAGGUUCUUCACUGUUUGGCGGCAACCCCGCUCCCUCAGGGAAUGCUUUUGGUGGCAACACGAACCAGAACGUCGGCGGCAUGUUCGGUGCGAAGCCGGCUGGCACAGGUACCGGCCUGUUUGGGUCUGCCACCACAGCCCAACCCGGGAAUACCGGCACAGGUCUUUUUAGCGGUCUUGGACAGCAGAACCAGGCGCAACAGCCUGCGCAGUCAUCCCUGUUUGGCUUAGGCCAAAACAAUCAGCAGAAGCCAUCCAUGUUUGGGGGCUCGCAGCCUUCUCUGGGCGGCAGUCUAUUCAACAACCAGCCCGCCCAACAGCAAGGCAGCUUGUUCGGGAACAACACCAACAAUCAGCAAAACGCUCAGGGUGGCGGGUUCGGGCUAGGGAACUCCUUGCUCGGAAAUUCCCAAAACAUGCAGCCGGCCCAGCAGUCAUUUUCCACCAGCAUCAAUGACAUGUCGGCGUAUGGCUCGUCAACACUCUUCUCCGGUCUGGCAGACGACAAGGUCCAAAACCCCGGCCCCCUUGCCACCCCAUUGUCAAGCAAAGUAAAGGCAAAGAGCCGCGCAAUCUUGCCAAUGUACAAGCUCAGCCCUGCCAAUGCUACUCGGUUUAUGACGCCGCAGAAGCGAGGCUUCGGGUUCUCGUAUAGCACUUACGGCUCUCCGUCGAGCCCGUCGAGCGCAGCUAGCACCCCUGGUGGCUUUGGGCAGAGCCUUCUAGUUGGCAGCGUCAACCGUGGAUUGAGUAAGAGUAUUUCUGCGAGUAACCUGCGACGAACCUAUAAUGCAGAGGACAGCAUUCUCGCGCCGGGUGCCUUCUCGGCGAGCUCAGGUCCCCGACUUCUUGGAGGCUCUAGCAACCACAAGAGGCUCGUCAUUAACAGGGAUAUGCGAAGCGAUCUUUUCACGUCCCCGAUCAAAGACAUGCAUAACCAAGAUGUUACGAACGCCGGCCAUAAGUUGCAAAAGCGAGUCAGCUUCGACACUAGCUCCGCCGGUACUACAGACACUAGUUCACGGGAUCGAGCACAAGAUACCCCUGACAGUGGCUCCAAUAACGAGGAUUAUCUGCAGCUAAAGUCUGCUACCCGCCCCGGCACUAAUGGUGUCAACGGAUCCAAGCCAUCCCCCGUGACUGCUUCUCCUGAUGGUGACCAGGCCAAGGGUAAGGAGCUGGCGAUUGUCCAUGAGGAGGAGUCUCCUGCCGUUCCCCGGGCCGCGGACAAGAAAAACGGAAGCCAAAUUGACGCUGGUGCAUAUUGGAUGUCACCUACAGCCGAAGAGAUUCACGCGAUGAAUAGGAUGCAGCGCCAGAAGGUUGCCAAUUUCGUGGUUGGCCGUGAGAAUGUCGGAAGUGUCUCGUUCAAUGUCCCCGUUGAUCUGAGCAACAUCGAUCUUGAGGGACUGUUUGACAACAUUAUCGUCUUGGAACCCCGGUCCGCCACCGUGUACCCGAUUGCAGCAAAGAAGCCACCUGUCGGCAAAGGCCUGAAUGUGCCGGCGCUCAUCUCCUUGGAACACUCGUAUCCCCGCGGCGGCCUUGAAACUUCUGGUCGGCGUCUUGAGAGGCACAUUGAGAGACUGAAGACCGCAAUAGCCGACACUAUCUUUGAGAACUAUGAUAAGGAGACGGGCGUGUGGACUUUCACGGUCGAGCACUUUACAACUUAUGGUCUUGGCGAAGACGACGAUGAGGAUGCGGAUGAGACCGAUGCAGAUCUUGUUCUGGGAGGUCAGAGCCCAAUGGACGUUCAACUGCCUCAGUACUCGCCGGAGAAGGAAUCCGUUCCCUCGCCAGAUCAAGAACCUGAAGAUGAUACCUUCGACUUCAAGCGCUCCCGGUGUGCAGUCCCCGGUGCUUUUGACGAGGGCGCUUUAUCGGACGAUGAAGGGAACCUGGGUAGUGCUCAACCGUACGGUAUGCUCUCCCAUCACGGAUUCCAGGAUGCCGAUGCUCCUAUCCCUUCUCGUGAGUGGCCCGAGGAUGAGAGCAUGGCUGACGGACACGACAACUACCAGCACGAAGCCUAUGAAGACAUGUCCCAACAAGGCUCCGUCGAAGAUCACGAAGAAAUGGCCCUCUCCCGUUACGUCGGAAACGACUUUCAAGUACCCGGCGGGAUCAUGAGAGCAAGGAUGCGAGCGCUGAAGAAGUCUGCAGCGCCAACGCGAAUCGAGGUUGCGGGCGGAAACGACUGGACACAGAUAUUGCAAGCGAGUGUGAGGGCACCAAGGACAGUGGAUCGAGGAACGCUACGCGCUCAAAACGAGUCUGGCGCUGCAUGGGAUUUGAAGGAUCGUGGAAGCCCUACCCCCCAGAACCAACCGCACUUGCUGGAUGGAAAUGGCUUCGCGACCAGCAUUGACUUGAUGAAGUCACUCUUCGAGCAGGCAAAGGGCCCGGCUCAGCCUGCGCAGUCGGCGUCAGCAAAAGGUUUCGUAAAGUGGCCCUAUCAAAAGCGCACCAAGGUUGAUACAGAAGAUGAUCCCGCGGUAUCUCGACCAAACUGGGGCCCCAAUGAGACGCUUGUCACCACCCACGAUGGCGCAACCAACCUGCUUUCUCUUGGCAGUGAUAUCGCCAGCAGUGCGCCAUCGGCUACCGAAUCAACCACGAAACUUUCUCAACUUCAGCAAUACAUCGACAUUACCUCAGCCAGCCCGAAUCGCCCAGAGGCACCUGGCCCAGAACUCCGAACGCUGGCUCAGGGAGAUCCAGUAUGGGAGCUCGCCGCUCUGCUGUUUGAAGAUGAUGGAUCAAACCUGGUUGCCUUUUGGAGGCAACUGAUAUCGCAGGCCACCAACCAGGCACUUGACCAGGCUUCCAGCCCUGAAGAGAAGGCCAUCAUUUGCCUUGCGGGAAAUCGUGUGUCUGAGGCCUGUGGACACUUACUAGCUGGCAGGGACUUCCGGUUGGCGACUCUCGUCUCAUGCAUUGGGAGUCAGACCAAGGAUAUGCGGACUCAGCUGAAGGACUGGCGAGAGUCUAAUGUGCUCGCCGAGAUUUCUGAACCUGUGCGGGCGAUCUACGAACUCCUUUCAGGCAAUGCUUGCGUCUGUGCCGGCGUCAAGAAUGUGCCUAUCGAAAACCGCGUGGCUUCUUUUACCAUUUCGCAACGUUUUGGCCUCGACUGGAUGCAGUCGUUUGGUCUCCGUCUCUUCUAUACCACGGGGUCCAUGGGAGGCGCCGCGGAAAUCGCCGAAGCUGUCCGCUCUUUCCAGUCUGAUAUUGAGCAGGACAAGGAGCCAGAGCCCAACAGCGCUCUGUGGUCGCUCCUCAAAGCAUUCGCUUUCCGCCUCUUCGACUGGUCGGAUACUCGUCUCGGGUGGCUACUUGCGAAGGCCAUAUUUGCCACUGGCAAGGUGUCGUUUGGGCAAAACGCCGCAGAGACGCUUGAUAUGGCUACCAUCUCUUUCGCGUCCACACUCACGGCCCAGACCCAUUGGGUCCCAGCGACCUUUGUUCUGCUCCAGCUCUCCGACGGCUCGGCCCGCGAGGCGGCUGUCCGUGAUCAUUUGGGACGUCAUGCACACCUCAUUAGCUCUAAGAGAGAUGAACACAGCACGUUCUCGGCCCUGCGGAAGUUUGGCGUAUCCGAGAGCUGGAUUUGGGAAGCAAAGGCGUUGGACUUCCGAUCCCUCCAGGACUCGCGGCAGGAAUACCUCUCACUCAUCUGGGCCGGCAACUAUGUGGAAGCAAAUCGUGCGUUUGUAGACCGCGUUGGCCCUGAUCUGGUGAUUGAGCGUGACUUUAAGAGGCUCUUCGCAUACGCCCAGCUACUUUUCAAGGUGCGCAAGAGCCUGCCCGAUUGGGACCGAGCGGCGGCGGUUUACCUCUUGUAUCCCAUCGCGCUUCUCGAAGGCAAGAAGCACCGUCAGGAGGAUCUUGACCGCUACGAUAGCCAGCUAUUUGACGGUCUGGUUGCACUCCGUGCAGCCAGCCACGGCGGCAUCCGCCAAGGGGCGGCGAUUGCCGACAUGGCGGAAGAGUUGAUUAAGACGCACGGAGGUGAUGCAAGACUCUUCCAGCUGCUGCCCGACGACAUCCGCGGCAAGUACAUGCGGAUUCAGGCGCUCGAGAGCAUGGGAUGA